AGCCGAUAGCAUCCAAUGGCAAAAGGUCCACACAACAUGAUCCACUAGGCCACAACCAAACAUAGUGUUAUCUCCAUCUCAAGCCUCCCAUUCUGCGGUACUGGUUCAGCCAUGGCCCACUCUGGCAUCCUCCCCCACGCCCAUACUCCACUUCUGGACGAUACGCUCGACAGCGCCGUCGACUACAAGGGCCGUCCGGCCAGGAGAUGCAGCUCUGGUCGUUGGAGAUCCGCAUGCUUCAUCAUAGGUGUUGAAGUCGCUGAGAGAUUUGCAUACUAUGGCAUCGAGUCGAAUCUUAUAAACUACCUCACGGGUCGGCUGGGUCAGUCCAUGGCCACAGCAGCCCAGAAUGUGAAUACGUGGUCCGGGACUGCGAGUAUGCUGCCUUUGCUGGGGGCGUUUGUUGCAGAUUCUUAUGUGGGUCGAUAUCCCACCAUUGUCAUCGCUUCCCUUCUCUACAUCCUGGGACUAGGCUUGUUAACGGUAUCUGCUGUGCUUCCUUCUUUCAAUCCUUCUCACUGCCAAACUGACAAAGAAAUAUCAUCCUGUUCCCCUCCGAUGUUACAAGUAAUCCUCUUCUUUUUUGCUCUGUAUCUGGUAGCUGUUGGGCAAGGUGGGCACAAGCCGUGUGUCCAAGCUUUUGGAGCUGAUCAAUUUGAUGGAAAAAAUCCAGAGGAGAGCAAAGCCAAAAGCUCAUUCUUCAACUGGUGGUACUUUUGUAUGAGCGGUGGUAUUUUAAUAAACUCCUCCAUCUUGAACUACAUCCAAGACAAUCUCAAUUGGGGUCUUGGAUUCGGAAUCCCCUGCACUACAAUGGUGGCUGCACUGUUUGUUUUCUUGCUCGGUACCAAGACUUAUCGUUAUAGUGUUAAAGGGGAUGAGAAGAACCCAUUUCUGAAAAUCGGUUGGGUCUUUGUUGCAGCAAUCAAGAAUUGGCAUACAACAGAUUCUUCUUUAACUGAUGAAGAGGUAGCUCAUGGAACCUGGCCUCAUCAAUGUUCUCACAAGUUCAAGUUUCUCAACAAGGCCUUGCUUGCACCAGAUGGUUCAAAGGAAGAUGGAAAAGUGUGUAGUGUGAGUGAUGUUGAAGAAGCAAAAUCAGUUCUGAGGCUGUUUCCCAUCUGGGCUUCCUGCUUAGCAUUUGCUAUUGUGUUUGCUCAGCCACCAACUUUCUUUACCAAGCAAGGAGUUACCAUGGAUAGAUCAAUUGGUUCGGGCUUUAAGGUACCGGCUGCCUCACUUCAAUGCUUCAUCAGCCUCUCCAUCCUUCUCUUCGUCCCCAUAUAUGACCGCAUUUUGGUUCCUACCGCAAGAGUUCUAACCAGGAAACCCUCAGGCAUAACAAUGCUUCAGAGGAUCGGAACUGGGAUGUUUCUGUCUGUCAUUGCCAUGGUAUUUGCAGCACUAGUUGAGGUCCAACGGCUCAAAACCGCCGAACAAUAUGGGCUGGUCGAUAUACCAUAUGCAACCGUUCCAAUGGCGGUGUGGUGGUUGAUUCCCCAAUAUGUGAUAUUUGGAGUUGCUCAAGUAUUCACCAUGGUUGGUCUUCAAGAGUUCUUCUAUGAUGAGGUCCCAAAUGAACUAAGGAGUGUUGGUCUCUCCCUCUACCUCAGUAUCUUUGGUGUAGGGAGCUUUCUGAGCAGCUUUCUCAUCUCUGUUAUCAACAAAACUACUGGUGGGGAUGGCCAAACUAGCUGGUUCAAUGAUAAUCUUAACCAGGCUCAUCUUGAUUACUUCUAUUGGCUACUUGCUGGGCUGAGUACAAUAGGAUUGUCCACCUACUUGUAUUCUGCAAGAUCUUACAUUUAUAAUAGUACUAGUACAACAUGAAUGCCCUUCACCUUUAUAUUGUGUUUGUUUCAAUUCUUGUGAAUGUAUUUUAUAUCUCAAAGUACAUGCUGUUGACUUAACCACUCAUCAGUGUAACUCAGCAGUAGUAUUUUUAUCCUCAA